GAGUGAUGUCAUGGCACGUGGAAGAUAUAUUUAUAUCCUACAGUAGCCCACAAUUCUUUGCGUCAAACACUGAAUCCAGUCAGUUCCUCAGUCAGUGAAGAAAGCAUAGACGAAGGCGUAUAGGAUUUGCAACAAUGAACUUCUUCUUGGAGACGUUGCAGGUGAUCUUCCUGUCCACGUAUUACCUCCUGGAGGCAUUUGUAAAGCUAUUUAUUCCAGCGAGAAGAAAGAAUGUGACUGGGGAGAUUGUGCUAAUCACUGGGGCAGGCAGUGGCAUUGGCAGGCUGAUGGCUCUGGAGUUUUCUAAGCUUGGAGUCACACUGGUACUCUGGGACAUCAACCAGGAGGGAAGUAAGGAGACCGCCCGUUUAGCCAAGGAACAGGGUGCCUCCAGAGUCCACUGCUAUGUGUGUGACUGCAGCAACAAGACAGAGGUUUACAGAGUAGCUGAUCAGGUCAAAAGGGAAGUUGGGGAUGUAAGUAUUCUAAUAAACAAUGCCGGAAUUGUCACUGGCAAGAAAUUCAUGGAAUCACCAGAUAGCCUUGUAGAGAAAACGGUGGAAGUGAACACCAUGGCUCACUUCUGGACCUAUAAAGCAUUCCUUCCUGCCAUGAUGGCCAGUAACCAUGGGCAUCUUGUCAGCGUUGCCAGUUCUGCUGGACUGAUUGGUGUUAAUGGACUAGCAGAUUAUUGUGCAAGCAAGUUUGCAGCUGUUGGCUUUGCUGAAUCUGUGGGUCUGGAAAUGCUCGCUUCAGGAAAGGAUGGGAUUAAAACCACAAUCGUGUGCCCAUAUUUUAUAAAUACUGGAAUGUUUGACGGCUGCUACACUAAAUGGCCUCGACUUCUUCCAAUUUUGGAUCCCAAUUAUGCAGCCAAAAAGAUUGUAGAUGCUAUUCUAAAGGAAGAAGUUUACCUGGUGAUGCCAAGAAGCCUAAACCUGAUUUUUGCUAUGAAAAACGUGGUACCUGUGAAGAUGGGAAUAAUCCUUGGAAUCUACUUUGGGGCUUUUAACUUCAUGGACCAUUUCAGAGGUCGUAUCAAGAAUGAUUAACUGCAAAAGAAAGCACACAAGGAACCAGAGGGAUUGUCUGCCAUAUGAGCAAGAUUACAAUGUUUUGGUUAAAAGUGGAUAAACUAACAUAUUAGUAUGUUUAUCAGCAUUAUACGACUUUAUAAUCAUGUCUUGUGAUAUAAGUAUAAUUCAGCCUACGAGAGAGUUCCAUCUGUAUAGGCUUAAUUGAGUAUGGCUAAAUGUAUUUCAGUACAUUUCAUACCUCUUAUUUUGUUGCCCGUGUUCCACACCAUAUUGCUUAUCCAUCUAUGUAAUGCUACCAGGUGAACAGUGAUAAGUGUGAACAUAAAAAAAUACCAAACAUUUAAGAUACACCUUUGCAUAAUACUGCAUAAUUAAACCAUCUGUCAACAACAGAUGUGUUUAUGUGAACUCAGGUAUAGACAAGACUCUACUAGUACUUUCCAUAAAGCUUAAACGAGAUCAGAAAUAUGUUACAAGGAUGUAAUGCAUAAUUAGGUUAUAUUCAUAAAAUACAUCAAUAUUGUGUGUAAUUUUAAAUUCAUUAACUAAGGACUGGUCUUUUUUGUAAAACUAAUAAUGAGGAUCUUAUUAAUCAUAAUAAAGUUUAACCAACAUAUUGGGAGAAAUUGUAAAUUACAUUUUUUUUUUUUUUUUUAAAGACUAAAACACUGCCGGUGUGUUUGGGGGUAAAUAAGGAAACGAGUGUGGGAAGGGUGGUAGUUGAAGCUUCCUGUGACCCCCCCCUCAUCUUCAGGGGCUGUGGUAGUUCCUGGGGUCGGAGUUUAGUCCGACGCAGGAACCGCAGGGGUGCAGCGAUUGGGAGGAGGGGAUCACAUGGGAUGGAGCUAUAAAUAGUGGCCUCAGGGGUCCUCCAUGUUAGUGUGUGAAACGACGUUCUAAGUGGAACUGUGUUGUGCUCUGACGAACCAGAUAAACGGACAGUGUGCUAGCUUAUGGGGGAAAACACUAUAUGGCUUAUUAUAAAAAUGACUGGGGCUGUAUGAGAGGAGAGAGCAACUGGUUAGAGAGAAGUUUUAUUAUUUUCUUUUAGGCGUGGGCUUGGCCAACAGAGUCCUUAGUCUGUUAGCGUGAGGAAAUAAACCUGAUUCAGUGAUACACUAAA